CAUAGACUGGGUGAAACGGUUGGAGCUAGCUAUCUUGUUUUAAUAUGAAAGGAUUUCCUUAAAAAUGUCAAUGGAGUAUCUCUAUCCCUUUCUUGUGAGCAGACAAUACCUUUGGCAAUUGGAGCAAAGCUUAUAGAGGCUGGUUUGACCAAAACCCGUGAGUACUGCCCUAUUCUUCAGUUGGGGAGAAGGGUUGUUUCAUUUGGUUCCAGAAGCUCAGUUCAAUUGAAGAAAUUUCUUGAGGCCUUUAUGGUGUAGUACUGGGAUCACCCUUCUUGUUUUCCUGCACGCUGGACCAUCAAGAAGUGAAACUAAUCAGCUGCAAGAUGCCUAAAAGUUUCUCCAGGAUUUGAUUCUUUGCAGAUUAAUGAUGAUCAUGAGAGAAGUAAGAUGAUCCCAAAUUCAAGAGAGAGAGAUUUUCAAGCAAAGCUAGAGGAUGCCACCAUCGAAGGGAAAUUCUCGAAGGCACCAUCUAGUUCAAGACAGUGGUCAGCAUUUAGAAAUCCACGGAUUGUACGCGUCUCACGUUCCUUUGGAGGAAAAGAUCGGCAUAGCAAGGUUUGCACUGUAAGAGGAUUGAGAGACAGGCGAAUUAGGCUCUCAGUACCUACUGCUAUUCAGUUAUAUGAUCUUCAAGACAGGCUUGGGCUGAGCCAGCCUAGCAAGGUAGUAGAUUGGCUGCUUGAUGCCACUAAACAUGAAAUUGAUAAACUUCCACCACUCCAGAUCCCACAGGGAAAUCUUGGUCAGUUCCAUCAAUCAAUGCUUGUUUCUCAUGAAUUGGGUGCUGGUCAAUCUUCUGCUGUUCCCUUCUUUGAUGCAACUCCAACAUUUUUGAAGGAAGCGGGAUCUCAUUCUUUGUCAGCUAUCAAGGAAGGGAUUAAGAUCAAUAACAAUGUUGACGAGGAAGAUCAAACUAUAAUUUCAAGACCAAAGUAUUGGGAUAAUGACGCUUUGAGAGCAAAAAGCAAGGAAGUUGUAAGAGAAGCAAUUUCUGACAAAACCAAGUGGUUCAGAAUGAAUGAACAAGAAAAUCAAGAUGGAAUUGGGGGCUACAGUUCACAAGUUUCAGCUCAAAACCUUUUUCCAAUGACCAAUCAUUCUUCCCUACCAGGCUUACUAAACAACUCCAUGCCAUACAACUCCUUCGGUCACUGGGAGCCUUCAAGUUUAUCAUUGUCACAAUUCGGAAGCCAUGGAUUUCCAUCCCAAUCAGAGGUCUCUCACAACAAUGUUGCUGUACCACUGCCAUCUCCACUAGCUCUGUCAUCCGGGUCUCAGUUAUUUUUCUGUCCCAAUGCAACUACACCCCCACUUUUUCCUCCAUAUUCCUCAUACAUCACAACUCAGGUAGAGAGCAGUCCACGACACUUCAACCAUCUUCAGUUAUUGAGCUCGAGUUCACAACAUAUGCAGCCAAAUUCUCUGAUGCCAUCUCUUCAUUCAGUCAGUGCGCAGAUGAAGUCAUUUCCAUUGAAUGGCAAUUCUAGGCUUUUCCAUUCACAAAAUAAUGAUGGAAGCCACCCAAAUAAGAGCUCUUAAAUCUCUUCUCUAAAAAUACUGCUCUAUGAUUAAUAGCUUCAGCCAGAUAGUAUGCUUCGACAUGGAUCAGACCAAGUAUGGUAUUGCUGAGACUGAAAGUUGUGCAGGCUGUUGUUAUGCUGGUAAUUGUUGGUUUGAUCUACUUUCAUAUGCUUCAAAGCAUCGAAGCCUAUAUUGAUAAAUGGCCAAUGACUUUCAUUCAACUUCAUCUGAAUACCUUUUCAAGGACAUAGGAAUGAAAACGCAUGAAAUAUUGUUCCUGCUCAGAUUCUUCAGAAGAAGUAAGACACUCUAGAGCUCUAGAACUCUAGAACACUUUCCUGUAUUUAGAUACAAUUUUCUGCAAAGGUGGUGUGAUAUGUAGAGAAGUUGUGAAUUGGCAAUGUUAUAUGAUAUGGUAGUCUUGGGUUUUAGUGCUGGUAA